AAGGCUAUUAUAAAAGAGGGACAUCUACACAAGCAGACAAGCUCCUUUCAGCGAUGGAGGAGGCGCUAUUUCAAACUACGAGGCAGGACGCUCUAUUACGCCAAGACUGCAAAGUCUAUCAUAUUUGAAGAGGUUGACAUAACAGACGCCAGUGUUGCUGAGUCAAGCACCAAGAACCUAAACAACAGUUUCACAGUGUUCACUCCCUUUCGCAAACUGAUCCUUAGUGCGGACAAUAGGAAGGACAUGGAGGAAUGGAUGGCGGCCCUCAAGUCUGCACAGAACCGUGAGCUGUUUGAGUCUGCCCAGUACAGUGUGGACCACUUUUCCGGAAUGCACAACUGGUAUGCCUGCUCUCAUGCUCGACCCACCUACUGCAAUGUGUGCCGGGAAGCGCUUUCCGGGGUCACCUCCCAUGGACUCUCCUGUGAAGUGUGCAAGUUUAAGUCUCACAAGCGGUGUGCCGUGAGGGCUACAAACAACUGCAAAUGGACUACCUUGGCCUCUAUUGGGAAAGACAUCAUAGAGGAUGAAGAUGGGGUAUCAAUGCCACACCAGUGGUUGGAGGGGAACCUACCUGUUAGUGCGAAGUGCACGGUAUGCGAGAAGACUUGUGGCAGCGUGCUGCGCCUACAAGACUGGCAGUGUCUGUGGUGCAAAGCAACGGUACAUACAUCCUGCAAGGAGAUUUUACCUAAAAAGUGUCCACUUGGCCAGUGUAAAGUGUCUGUAAUUCCCCCAACAGCCCUCAACAGCAUAGACUCAGAUGGGUUUUGGAAAGCCACCUGUCCCCCUUCCUGUACUAGCCCUUUGCUUGUGUUUGUAAAUUCUAAGAGUGGAGACAACCAAGGUGUAAAGUUCUUAAGACGCUUCAAGCAGCUGUUGAACCCAGCUCAAGUUUUCGAUCUUAUGAAUGGUGGACCCCAUCUUGGCUUACGUUUGUUUCAAAAAUUCGACACCUUCAGAAUAUUGGUAUGUGGUGGAGAUGGAAGUGUAGGCUGGGUUCUCUCUGAAAUAGAUGCUCUAAAUCUUCACAAGCAGUGCCAGCUUGGGGUGUUGCCCCUAGGAACAGGGAAUGACUUGGCGCGAGUGCUGGGCUGGGGCUCUGCAUGUGAUGAUGACACUCAGUUACCCCAAAUACUGGAGAAGUUUGAGAGGGCUGGCACUAAAAUGCUGGAUAGGUGGAGCAUCAUGGUGUAUGAGACCAAACUGCCAGCUCAGGUUCCAGAUCCCUGUACAAUAUCGGAGCCAAGUGAGGACUGUGAGGUGCAGCAGAUUCUGGGUUAUGAAGACUCUGUAGCCGCUCACUUAUCUCAGAUCCUCAGCUCGGACCAACACUCUGUGAUUAUCUCAUCAGCCAAGGUCCUGUGUGAAACUGUAAAAGAUUUUGUUGCCCGCGUUGGAAAGGCCUAUGAGAGAAUGACAGAGAGUUGUGAAGAAUCUGAAACAAUGGCAGGAAAGUGCACUGUUCUUCGAGAGAAGCUGGACUCCCUCUUGAACACUUUGAAUGAGGAGUCCCAGGCUACGUCAGUCCUGUCCCAACCUCCGCCUACAAUAAAUGAGGAGAUGGAAGAGUCUUCAGAAAAUGCCACAUGCCCUCCAGUUAUCUCUCCUUCUCCAGUGCGAUCUCAGACUUUUCGGCCUCGUGAACAGCUCAUGCUUAGAGCCAACAGUCUGAAGAAAGCCAUUCGACAAAUAAUUGAGCAGGCAGAGAAAGCUGUUGAUGAACAGAAUGCUCAAAGUAAUGAAGAUUUCCUCCUGUCCUUUCCUCCAGAGGAUGGUAAAGAUCGAAGUUCGGCAAGCACAGUGAACACACAUAGUGUCAAUGCUCUGCCCAGGAUAAGAGCAUCAAGCAGAGCAGGCAAAUCAGAAAGAGCAACCAGUAAAAGCAGCCUCUCUGUGGGAGCCUCUACAUCCCUCCCUGCUGCUAAUACCCAUCGGGAGCAUAUGCACCAAAACAUGAGAGCUGGAAUGUCUGGAUCUUUACCCGGGAAUUCCAUCAUUAGCCGUCUGCUUAUUAGUGCUGACCCAUUUACCUCGGAACCAGACUUGAAUUGUUACACAGAAAGAUGUGUAAUGAACAAUUACUUUGGGAUUGGACUGGAUGCAAAGAUAUCUUUGGAUUUUAACAACAAAAGGGAUGAGCACCCCAAGAAAUGCAGAAGUCGCACAAAGAACAUGAUGUGGUAUGGUGUACUGGGGACCAAAGAGCUGCUACAGAGAACGUACAAGAACCUGGAGCAGAGAGUGCUUCUAGAGUGUGAUGGAGUGCCAAUUCCCUUACCCAGCCUGCAAGGAAUUGCUGUACUGAACAUUCCCAGUUACGCCGGCGGCACAAACUUCUGGGGAGGCAACAAAGAAGAUGAUACAUUUGCUGCACCUUCUUUUGAUGAUAAAAUCUUGGAGGUGGUUGCUGUAUUUGGCAGUAUGCAGAUGGCAGUGUCCAGGGUCAUCAAGCUGCAGCAUCACCGGAUUGCUCAGUGCCGAAUGGUGAAAAUUACAGUACUCGGUGAUGAAGGGGUCCCUGUGCAAGUAGAUGGAGAGGCUUGGAUUCAGCCACCAGGUUAUAUCCGUAUAGUGCACAAGAACAGGACACAGACCCUCACCCGAGACAGGGUAAUUCUGUCAACAUUUGUGGAUUUUACAACAGCAAUAACAGACACAUGUUAA